CAACUAAGGGCGAGUCAGUGCAAAAGCAAGUAUGCUCUCUUUUCAGAGGCCUUAUGGUUCAGUCUUGUGACCAAAUAAUUGCCAGCUACCUAAUCACAUACCAGGAAACAAAGGUAGCUAAAGUCAAUAUUAGCUGCUGUAUCUGUCGACAGAUCUGCACCAGGCUUGAUGGAAAAAACUCAAAAGCAGGAGGACAGAAGCUUGGAUGGUUUUUGCCUGUGUUCAGUAUUUUAAAGAAGCUUUGAGAGAGCACAGCUCAGCUAAGAAAAUGUGUGGAGGCACUUCAAAAACAGCGAACAGCACAGGAGGGCAAACAGACAGAGCAAGGAGUGGUAAUGAUGCUGCUAGCUCAUUUGGAAAUAACUUACCUAACACAGGAUUGGAUAAAAAGACCAAAAGAUCUUUGGCAGAACAUAGCACCAGUCGCACGAGCACUGGCACUAAAUUGCUACAGACCAGCUGGUCCUGUUCAGAUUUUGACUUGAAUGAAAUCCGCCUGAUAGUUUACCAGGAUUGUGAGAGAAGAGGCAGGCAGGUCUUAUUUGAUUCCAAAGCAGUCCGCAAAGUUGCUGAAGUGGCAGCUCAGAGAAUAUCGGAGGAUGCUCCUGUAAAGGAUUCUGCCAAGAGUUACCAGGCAAACAAUGGCACCAACACUAUUUCUUCCUAUAGUCCCUCAGUGAGCUGUAUGCCUCAACAUUUCAAGGAACAGCUUCCAAAGUACCAGUAUACGAGACCAGCUUCUGAUGUCAACAUGUUGGGAGAAAUGAUGUUUGGUUCAGUGGCAAUGAGUUACAAGGGUUCUACCUUGAAAAUCCACUACAUACGCUCUCCUCCACAGCUGAUGAUAAGUAAAGUGUUUUCAGCCCGAGUGGGAAGCUUCAGUGGCAGCACAAACAACUUACAGGAUAGUUUUGAAUAUAUCAACCAAGAUCCCAGUCUGGGAAAGAUGAACUCUAAUCAAAAUGGCUUGGGCACUUGUCGUAGUGGAAGUAAUCUAGGUGUGUUACAGCUGUGUAGCAGCAAACUGCUGCAAGGUGUAUCUGAAGGAGGCCCCCUCCGGCUCAUCCGGAGUGCUUCUUUCUUUGCAGCGCACAGCACACCAGUUGAUAUGCCUAGCAGAGGGCAAAAUGAGGACAGAGACAGUGGCAUUGCUCGGUCAGCAUCACUGAGCAGUCUCUUGAUUACGCCGUUCCCAUCUCCAAGCUCUUCAUCCUCCUCUUCAAGCAGUUACCAGCGCCGCUGGCUCCGAAGUCAAACAACAAGUUUAGAGAAUGGAAUUAUUCCAAGGUGGUCUACUGAAGAGAUGUUCAGCAUGGCCGAUGAAAGCUGCCACUCCAACCCUGCAAUGAUCCGGAGAAAGAAGAUUGCUAUUAGCAUAAUCUUUGCUUUGCCCGAAAGAGAAGAAGCACAGAGGAACUUCCAGGAUUUCUUUUUCUCUCACUUUCCUCUCUUUGAAUCUCAUAUGAAUAAGCUAAAGUGUGCAAUUGAAAAGGCAAUGAUCUCCUGUAGGAAGAUAGCAGAAUCCAGCCAAAGAGUGCAGGUUUAUAUCAGUCGCGUCAUGGAUGCCCUGGGAGAAUUCAGAAUUACAAUCUGGAACCUGUAUUCGGUUCCAAGAAUCGCAGAACCUGUGUGGCUUACCAUGAUGUCCAGCACACUGGAAAAGAACCAGUUAUGUCAGCGAUUUCUUAAGGAAUUUACACUUCUGAUAGAACACAUCAAUAAGAACCAGUUCUUUGCUGCUUUGUUAACUGCGGUGCUGACUUAUCAUCUGGCGUGGGUCCCGACUGUAAUGCCAGUGGAUCAUCCUCCCAUAAAGGCCUUUUCUGAGAAACGCACAUCGCAGUCUGUGAACAUGCUGGCAAAAUCGCAUCCUUAUAACCCUCUCUGGGCUCAGCUUGGUGAUCUGUAUGGUGCCAUAGGCUCUCCAGUUAGGCUGACACGGACUGUGAUAGUUGGAAAACGUAAAGAAUUGGUUCAGCGCUUACUUUUUGUUCUCACAUACUUCAUACGGUGCUCUGAGCUACAGGAAAAUCAACUGACCUGGAGUGGGAAGGUUGGAGAGGGGGAGCAAAUGCUGAAUGGAAGUAAUAUCACAACUGUUUUGGAAAAGGGAGAGAUGGAGGAAAGUGACUAUGUGGUUGUCACUGUUAGAAAUGAACCUGCUCUUGUACCUCCAAUCCUACCUCAAGAGAAUGGUGGAAGUAAAAACAGUAUCUCUAUAGGUUGUGUAAGUAACCCAGAAAAUUCCUGUUCUGUGCCACCAUCUUCAAAAGAAAAGAAUGAAGAAGUAAUAGGAAAGGCAGAUGCAAGCACUGAGGAAUCCUGUAUUGCAUCCAAAGGCCACUCAACUGGCAGUUACGGGUCUCAUAAAGGAACAGUGGAUGAUAACAGGAAAGAGAUGGCAACUGCUACAGGAACUGUAUCUUACCUUUUUGAAGAACCAGCUGAAUCGGAAGUUUUAACAAAUGAAUUAAAGAGCCCCAGCCAGAUUCUUUGUGAAGUAAAACAAAAGCUGUCUGGUAGGUCAUCAGCUGUACCAUGUCCUGAGAGGCUUGUUCACAGGAGUCCUCAUUUAGAAAGGGUCACUUUUCAGAUUGGUAGUUUUACAUCACCAGAGUCAGAUUUAGAAACCUGCCAGCAGGAAGUGGAUGAAAAUCUUGGGACAUUCAGACAAAAAUCAGAGCUAAUAAGUUGUACAUCAAAUGCCUUGGCAGAAAAUGCAGAGAAUCGGCCUGAAUCUUCAAAGGCCCCCUUUCAGCCAUGUAUUAGACGUAAUAUUUGUUAUACACAGAUUCCAUCAUGUAAAGGGAGUGAGUGUGUGUUUAAUAACCUCUUGGCUGAGGCUAAUAGAGUUGAAAUGCAUGUAGCGAAUACUUCUGCUCUUCCUGGACUCUCAGGUGAAAUAGUUGUACCCACUGAUAACAAAAAGAAAACCAUGAAAACAAAAGGCUUGGAAGAAGGUAGAACUCUGAACUCCAAGAAUCUGGAGGGCCAUUCCCCUGACACUAUUCAAACAAGUUCUGCUGUCAUACAGGACUGCAAUCAAGUAGUCCAUAAAGAUAUCUCCUAUGGGGAUGCUGGAAAGAAAAUCUCCAUUAGAAUCGAAGGAGACAUUCCUAGGAAUGAAAGUUCAGAUAGUGCACUUGGAGACAGUGAUGAUGAAGGCACCUCACAUGUCCCUGAUCGUGAUCAGCACCCUCAAGGUCAGGUCAACAAGAGGCAUAAAGAAUUUGCAGAAGUAGACCUUCCUUUACCAAGGUCUAACACAAUCAGCAGUCAGAGUGUGAAAAACUUUGGAAGGUCGCUUCUUGGUGGUUACUGUCCCACCUACAUGCCUGAUCUAGUACUGCAUGGAAUAAGUAGUGAUGAAAAGCUGAGGCAGUGUCUACUAGCAGAUUUGCUUCAUGCAGUACAUCAUCCAGUACUUGAUGAGCCCAUAGCAGAAGCUGUCUGCAUCAUUGCAGAUACAGAUAAGUGGAACGUACAAGUGGCAACAAGCCAGAGAAAGUUGAUGGACAAUAUGAAGCUAGGCCAGGAUGUUUUGGUUUCCAAUCAAGUGUCCAGUUUACUACAAUCCAUUUUACAGCUUUACAAACUCAACCUCCCAGCUGACUUUUGCAUAAUGCAUCUGGAGGAUAGACUACAGGAGAUGUAUCUCAAAAGCAAAAUGCUUUCAGAAUAUCUGCGAGGACAUACAAGAGUUCAUGUGAAAGAGCUAGGAAUAGUAUUGGGGAUUGAAUCCAAUGACCUGCCUUUGUUGGCUGCUAUAGCAAGCACUCACUCUCCUUAUGUUGCUCAAAUACUCUUAUAAGUUAAAAUCUCAGGGUAGUCAUUCCCUAAGCAAAAUACAGAAAUUUUGAAGGAAGGACAGAGAUGCCAGCGCUGGUAAAGAGGAACAGUGACAAAAGCUGGUAACGACUGCAUUCCACCACCAUCUGAUGCUGGACAUUUUUAUCACAGAACUUCAGUUUACAUGAUGUAAAAGUCAUUCAGGUUUUGUUUUUGUUUUUAAAUCACCUCUGACUUAACAAAUCAAGAAGGUGAAUGUAUCCUUUCAUAAAAAAAAAAAAAAAAAAGACUAAAGCAAACAAUUUUGCAAACUGAACUGUCAGCAGAAAUGCUGCUCCAAAACGUGAAGUAGCAUUAAAAAGAAUAAGUGGGAUAGGAUGGUUCUUGUGAUGCUGCACUUGUGAUAGUGUGGUGUUUCUGUGUGCUGCUUUGACUGGGGGCAGGAGGGCAGAAAGCAGUUGUAAACUAUGUAUAUAGCAUUCCUAUACACAAGCGUGCUGGAUGGGACAUGAAGUUUUGCAGAAUGUGAGCAUGAUUUUAUAUUGUAGAAGUGGCCGGUGCAGAACAAGAAUGUGGACUCAGCAGCUGAGUUUUGUGUGGAGUGUCUGUCUGUGGGUGAAGUUUUUUCUUGUCAUCUUUUUAAAAAGACAAGAGGCUAAGAAAGCUGCAACUGCUUCUAGUUUUACUGAUGAGGAUUUCAAAUGAGCUCAGAUAAUAAAUACUAACAUCUCAAUUUGGGAUGAAAGCCUUUGGAGAGGGAGUGUUUUGGGAAGCUUUAUGGAAUUUCUUCUACAAGUUUACAUUUGUUGCAAAUGCAAUACCCAUCUUUUUUUGGGUUUCUGUAUGACCAUAAAUCUGGGAAUCAGUCCCAGAUCAUAACUUCAUCACAAGUUACUGUUGCUGAGAUGUUUGCAUUUGACAUGAUAAUGUACAACAUGAUACCAGAUGUGUUUUUGGUGCGUUUAUGCCAGUUGGUCAAUGAGCGUGUAUAUCCACACGAGGCAGGCUUAUUCCAAAAAAAAAAAAAAAAAAAAA